AUGAGUUGGGCUGAUCUGAAGUCUACGUGACUGACUUAAAAAAUAUCUAUCUAUAUAUUACACAACAAUUACUAACCACUGCAAGAAAAAACUCAAGGAUCAACCACAGUGAGCGAUUAUUUGCUCACGAAUUGUUAUCCCUUAGUAUCAUCUGAGAAGACAAUUCUGAUCAGCAAAGGAAAUGGGAGAUUGGGGAUUUCUCUCCGUGUUACUGGACAAGGUGCAGUCGCAUUCGACAGUUAUCGGAAAGAUCUGGAUGAGUGUCCUGUUUAUAUUCAGGAUCCUUGUUCUGGGAGCAGGAGCUGAGAGCGUAUGGGGAGAUGAACAGUCCAAUCUUGUGUGUAAUACGUUACAACCUGGUUGUGAAAACGUCUGCUAUGACUGGAAGUUCCCCAUGUCUCACAUUCGCUUCUGGGUCAUGCAGAUCAUCUUCGUGUCCACGCCAACGUUACUGUACCUGGGCCACGCCAUCCACGUGAUCCACCGCGAAAACAAACUGCGAGAGAAAAUCAAACAGCAGCACAGCAAGGGAAUGCUAAAAUCACCCAAAUAUACAGAUGAGCAAGGUCAUGUGAAGAUCAAGGGCAACUUGCUGGGAAGCUACUUCACCCAGCUGUUCUUCAAGAUCAUCUUCGAGCUUGCGUUCAUCGUCGGACAGUACUACCUGUACGGCUUCGUCAUGAUCCCCCAGUUCGCCUGCUCGAAAUAUCCGUGUCCUCACACGGUCGAGUGCUUUAUGUCGCAUCCGACUGAGAAGACCAUCUUCAUCAUCUUCAUGUUAGUGAUGUCGUGCGUGUCCCUGCUGCUCACUGUGAUCGAGGUGUUUUACCUGCUGUGCAGUCGAGUGGGAUGUCGCUCGGGGAAGAGGCGCACGAGGAACAACACUUCGGCUGAAAAUCCUGCCAGCUUGUCUCCAUCCUGGCAGCCUAAACUGGGAGCUGAAGAUCCUCUAAAGCAAAACAAGCUGAACAUGGAGUUUGAGAGUCACACUAGGAGCAGGAGUGGGGCCAAAGAGGACAAACAGCUGUUAGAGGACCAUUCGAUUUAGUAGAUCGUUUCAAAAACUUUAUAUACAUUUUCUGGUCAUUUCAACAAUACACUGUUCUGCAUAAAUCAUUCUGUUAUUUUGUUUUUAUUUUGUUUUUAUUGUUUAAAUAAUGUUUUCUUUUCCUACAAGCUAGAAAUAUCGUUUUUGGUCCUUGAUAAAACAAAUACCUUCUUGUUGUUCAAUAUUUAAGUUUUAUUCAAUAUGAAUGCUACAUUUUUUUUCUAUUUUAUCUACAAUAAAAUAUUUUCAUUGAAACA